AUGCUCUCCCUCAAGCUGGCCGCCUGUGCUGCCCUCGCGGCGACUCUCACCCUCGCCGCCCCAGUCUCCACGACCGCCACAUCCAUCUCCACCUCCACCUCCACAGAAGACAUCAAUGUCAAGCCCUUCAGCUUCUCCAAAUGGGUAGACGACAUUCUCGACCCCAACGUCGUCGCCCUCACCCCCGAGCAAGCCCUCGAAGCUUACUACGAGAGCAUCAAUGACACCACUAUCAGCAGCCCCGAGCUAGCAAAGAGGGCGGGCGCAACCUGCGAAACCGACAACUCCAAGCGCGUGCCCGUCUCUGACGCCGUUUGGCUAGUCAACACCCUGGCCGCGGGCGGACAGUCGCCCGUGCAGGUCCCUAUCCCCUUCAUCUCCAAAGCUGUGUUGUACAGCCCGAGCAAGAGGUCGAGCGUUAUCGGGCAGAAGAACGGUAACCUUUGGGUUACCGAGCCGUCCGAGUAUUGGGCGAGGGCUGGGGGGCUUAUUAUGGACGCCUGCACUUGGGGUGACAAGAGCGGUGGCAAGAUCUUGAUGCCUGCCAAUCAGGCGAUCACCGUUUUGCUGUAUGGCCAGGGGUACUAG